CCUUUCCUCUCCUCCCCUUUUCUUUGCACGUGGUUGUGACGUGAUGACUUCCUGAAAGACUCACUCUGGAGCUAAUCCGAGGAGAUAGCAGAAGAUCCGAGGGUAGAAUUGUGGUGGAGGUUGGAGCAACAGUACACAAGGUUAGGCUUUGCUAGAGUAAACAGGCAGCGGAACCAUGGCAAUGAAAGGGCUGAUUCGCACCACCUUAUUUUGCUUGCGUCAUAUGCCUCCUACAUGCACGAUAAGGAUUGCAAGCUUUCCGCAUGUUAAUUCAGCAUGGUCCCGAUUUUAUAGUGAGCAACUUCUGGACACCAAAAAACCUGAAUCCAAUGAAAACCAGAGCCUGCUGAGCAACCUAGAAUAUAUGGGUGUUGACAUUACAAUGGCCAGAAAACGUCAGCCUGGAAUCCUGAAGAAGAUGAUCACACACGAGGAAAGCCUGAGGAAGUUUCUGCAGUCGAAGGGAGCAAGCCGAGAAACAAUCGCCAGUAUUAUUUCUCGUUACCCCAGGGCGAUCACACGCACCUAUGAACACCUGCAGAAGAAGUGGGAGAUUUGGCAGAGCAUUUUGAAGACAGAUUUGCAUAUAUUAAAGAUCGUGGAACGCUCCCCAGAGUCUUUUUUCCGAUCUGGUGACAUUGAGAAUUUGCAGGAAAACAUUUCUUUCCUUAGUUCCCUAGGCUUGACUCCUAAAGAUCUGAGCCAACUGCUGGCCAAAGCCCCUCGAACAUUCUCCAAUCGAGCAGAACUCAACAAGCAGAUGGUUUACUUUUUACAGGACCUGCAUGUCUGUUUAGGAGGAGAAAAUCCGCAGGAGUUUGUUAAGCAAAUCAUUACCAAAAAUAUAUUCAUAUUAAUCAGAAGUACGAAGCGCCUUAAAGCCAAUAUUGAAUUCAUUCAGUCAACGUUUAAGAUGAUGGAUAAGGAAUUGCUGCUGUGGAUUCAAGGCAGCGGAGCAGACAUUCUGGACCUCUGUAACACCUACAUAAAGAGGAACUAUAAAAAUGUGCAGCAAAAGUUGCACUCCCUCGGCUGUACAGAGAACGAGAUUACUCGCAUUAUUACCAGCUACCCUAGCAUACUUUAUCUGUCCCCGGUGAACUUUCUUGUCAAGAUAGAUCUGCUUCUUAAGCGUGGCAUUGGUAUCGACCUUGUGCUAGAAACGCCCAGAGUCUUAGAGGUCAGCGUCGACAAUAUAAAAAGUAGAAUUGACGAUUUGAAAGAAAUUGGCUAUAACUUCGAGGUGAAUGGAAUCGGUAUUUUGGUUUUAAGCCAGACAAGCCAAGUGCAGGAUUGUGCACAUUUGCACACUUUGAGGCAUCGGGCACAGAGUAAAUGUUGCAUCACUUCCAGAGGACAUCCUUAAAAUUAGAAGACUGCUGUGGGAAGCCUGGAGCUAGCGACUGGUUCAUGGAGGCCCAUAUGGAAGCGCAGGAGCAUGUUUGGAUGUAUGUACCUGAAUUAAUUCAAUAUGGACUCUGCAGUGUGUCCUUUUUGGAGGCAUCUCACUGUGGGUGCAUUCAUAAAAUAACUCCUUGUGGAAGAUUAAACUAAUAGUAUAUUUUCCUUUAAUAAAAAAAAUAUAGGCUUAUGAUAUGAUGCCUAAGAAAGACUAAUCUAGCCAAAUUCAGUAAAUAUAUUCAGCUAGUAUCAGCUUACUACCCUCAGAAUCCUCUACCUGGCUGAUAUAUGCAAUGGCUUGGCCCAUAGAUCUUGUUACAAGUUACUUACUGUUAAAGCCCAUCUUUAUUCACUCAUCUACAGGUUGCAUCCAUGAUAUUCUUCUUCCCUAGCCAAUGUAAAGAAGUCCUGAUGUUCUAUUAGAGGAGGGAAAAAAUGAGAAAUGCCUGACAUUAUGGCUACAACUCUUUUCUCAAUACUCACGUUUUUCAACAUUCGUUAUUCCAUUUCAUUAUUGACCAGCCCUGAAACACCAUGCUUCUGGGAAGGUAUAAAGGUUUGAAUUUGCAAGCAGCUACUGGAAAUGACUGUUUUCUCAUCUCGUGACUCCAGCUGCUGGCAUUUCUUGGCUAAAGGACAGAUCCAGAUCAGAGACAUGAUAGGUGAUGUUGAGAGUGAAUUAAUAAAAAAUUUUGCACCUGGGCUAUGAUUCAAAAGCACCAAAGUUCAGAGAUGGGCAGAUGACAAAUUGGGUUUCUGUGUUUUCUCUAUGUCUUCAUGGGUUUUCUCAAAGGCACUGCUUUUCUUUCAUUCAUGCAGGAAAGGUGAUAUCGGUAUCCUCAUAGGAUGAGUUUUAGCAGCAGUCUGUUGUACUGUGUAUUUCAUACUGAUGUGUCAGACUAAUUGCUAAGGAUUUUGUUUGCCUUAUUCUGGAUCAGUUUGGAGAGGGCUUUGGUUGAAGUCUAUGUACUUCUUUUUCAGCCUCAGUUACCAUGUGACUAUAUUGGGUUGAUAUGAUAUUCAGCAGGGUUUAAAACAACACAGAGAGUAAUAUAAUAUUUAAUCAUUCCAGCAUUCCAGCAACAUCAGCAAACUGAAGGAUGUGGGCAAUAUACAUUAUAUCAGUAGGGGAGAAUCCUGCAUGCAUUACCUAGGGGGGCUAUCUACAUCUGAAUAGUACUGAGCUGGGCAGAGAUGAUAUAAACUACAUUUUGGAGUCAAGAAGGAAUUUAUAAUGUUUCUGUUGUGAGACAGGAUUAAAAUAAAAAAGUUGUUUGCCCUUU